AUGUCAUCAAGAAGCACACCAACAAAUAUUAAUAACAAUUCUAAUAAUAAUUUGAAUAUUCCAAAAGUGAGACCUUCUGAUCGAUUAUCUCCACAUACUCGAAUACUUGUUACAAAACUUGAGCAUAGUAUGCUCAGAAAAAGUCGUUCGAUAAUGUCAUUGAUGUUCGGACGGAAAAAAGUGAAAGAUCGAGUUGAAAAAGGACAUCCUUAUCGAGAGGUUUGUUAAUUUUAUCACUUUUUUUUCGAGUUGUAAUUGGAAACCCAUUCCAAUCGAGAAAAUAAACAUAAAAUAAUCAGUCAAAUGAAUAUGUUUCAGGCAUCUGUUUCUCAUGCAUUAGUUGUGAUAUUUUUGGAAUAUUUUGCAUGGGGACUUUUAACUGUGCCAGUUAUUAAUGUGCUCGCUGAAACAUUUCCCACCAAUAAAUUUCUCAUGAAUGGAUUAGUUCUCGGAGUUAAGGUAAGUUUAAUUUUGAUGAAGUUAUUAAUUUAUUUCCAACAAAUCAUUUCAGGGUCUUCUAUCAUUUCUUUCUGCUCCAUUAGUCGGUGCACUUUCGGAUGUUUGGGGCCGAAAAACAUUUCUAAUUCUCACAGUAUUUUGCACAUGUAUGCCAAUACCGUGCCUAAAAAUCAGUCCAUGGUGGUAUUUUGCCCUUUUCAGUCUCAGCGGAUUAUUUUCUGUGACUUUUAGUGUAAUUUUGGCAUAUGUUGCCGAUAUCACUGAUAAACAGGUAUGUUUCAAGGAAGUGGAGAAUAAUAAUGAUGAUUAGUGUUUCAUUUAUAUUUUUUAGGAACGAUCUUCGGCGUAUGGAUUAGUUUCAGCUACAUUUGCUGCAUCUUUGGUGACAUCACCUGCUUUGGGAGCUUAUAUUUCGGAAACCUAUGGCGAUAAUUUUGUGGUUUUGUUGGUGAGUUUUUUGGGCAGGAAAAAUAUUGAAAAUGUGGAGAGAGAGAAAAGACCAAUAAAAAUAUUUCAAAAGAUAAAACGUGAAUUCUGACGUGAAAUUUCAAAUUCGCUUUCCUAGUGGUUGUACUCAUUCAUUUCUUAAAUAAUUCUCAAAUUUGCUUAUUUUAAUUUGGGAAAAUGAAAGAAAAAUGUCCUUCUUUUUUAACUCUAAUUAUUCUCAAAAAUAUUUUAAGAGAAUCAGUCCUCUGAAAUGAUCAGAAAUACGAAAAUCCUAUGAAAAUUAGAAUCAGAUAAAUGAUACAAAUCUUUGACGAUCUUCGUUCUAACCUAAACCGUUUCCUUAUUUAUUUCAUUGAUUUUGUUUUUCUUUAGGCGACGGCAGUUUCAAUAAUUGAUGUAAUCUUCAUUAUAUUAUUUGUUCCUGAAUCUCUACCAUCUCGUCGUUCUUCAACAACUUCUUCAUCUUCACCUGGAACAUCUAAUCAAAUUCCAUCACCACACGAUGUUUUCAAUUGGCAAUCUGCAGAUCCAUUCGGUUCGCUUCGAAUUGUUUGGGAAGAUAAAUUAGUCCUACAACUUGCCACCAUCGUUUUUCUAUCAUAUUUGCCAGAAUCCGGACAAUUUUCUUGCUUUUUUGUCUAUUUGAAAUUAGUGAGUCUAUCCUUAAAGUGUUACAAAUAUCAAGUUUGUUUCAGGUAGUCGGAUUUUCACCAGAAGCUGUUGCCAUGUAUAUUGGAUUAGUUGGUAUUUUGUCAGUUGUCGCACAAACUGGACUAUUAUUGAUUUUAACGAAUCGAUUUGGUACAAAGCACACGAUUACACUUGGUCUCAUUUUCCAACUUAUUCAAUUGACUUGGUAUGGUCUCGGAACACAGUGAGUUUUUUUGGGAUGAAAAAGGGUUGGAGAAAAACUGAUUUGAAAAUAUAAUUCUGAAAUAUUGCUUAUUUGGGUGUUAAUAUUUUAAACACCGCUAAGCUUUGAAACUUGGUUUUUUUUUUACUUUUUAUUUUUUGUUCAUUUCUGGUUGUAAAUUUGACUUCGAAAAUUUUGCAACACGAAUUCAGAUUGAAAUAUUGAGAUGUUUCUGAUGAAAUUCUGAGAAUAUUAACGUUUGCAGCCAAAUUCAAGAUAUUCGAUAUUUGAAAAAAAAACUAUAAAAUCAGGGCUCACCGAAAAAUCUUGAAGUUAAAAAAGAAGAAAAUUAGUUAAAAUAUAGAAGAAAAUGAGGAUUCCGAUGAAAUGUUUGAUUUCAAAGUUUUUUUUCUUUUUUUUUUCUUUUAAUUUUUUAACUACAAAAAAUCUUCAUUUUUUCCCAUUCAAAAAUGUGAAUAACUCAGAUAUUGGAUGAUGUGGGCAGCGGGUGUUUUGGCUGCAAUGAGUUCAAUCACAUAUCCAUCAAUUUCCGCUUUCGUCUCAAUUUUAUCCGAUAAAGAUAAACAAGGAACAGUUCAAGGUGUUAUCACUGGAAUUCGUGGACUUUGUAGUGGAUUUGGUCCAGCUCUUUUUGGUUUCGUUUUCUAUUUGUUCGAUGUUGAUCUUGAAGAUGAGAAAAGUGUUGGAUUACCAGCUGCUUUGGGUCGAAAAAGUAAUGAGAAGAUUUUGUCGCCAAGUAGAAAUGAAUCAACAUGGGUUGAAAGAGCGGCUUUCGAUUGGCAGUUCAUACCUGGUCCUCCAUUUUUAAUUGGCGCUGUUAUGGUGUUAUUUGCUCUUUUGAUCAAUUCAGCAUUACCGCAAACACCUGGGUUUAGCAAAUAUUUUAGAAAGUGAGUUUUUCACAUAGGUUUGAUAUUUCUUAAAUGAAAAACGAAUUAUUAGAUCUCCAAGUCAUUCUCGACAAUCAUCUGAUACGGCUCGAUUAUUAUCAUCCGACAAUUCACCACAUUGUUAA